AUGGCCCCCCCUGCAGCGUCCCUGACGCCGGGGUUUGCCAGUUUCCAAAAGGUCUUGUCGACGGAGCCGCUCGACGCUUCGACAACAUAUCUGGUUUCAUUGCUCAAGAGACGCCAAAUAAGAGGCUCCAAACGCUGCGCUGUUGUCACUACUCUCCUGCUGCUCCGCACCGUCGAGUUAACUAAACAAGCCGAUUCAGUCAGGUUGAUCCAAAGAGUCACAGAGGUGGGCCAAAAACUCAUCGAAGCCGCUCCUCAUGAACCCGCCGUUGGGAACAUCGUCCGCCGAGUCCUGGGCAUCAUACGAGAAGAAGACGAAGAUGACGCUGCAGGCACAAAAGGGGGGGACGAGUCGAGCUCGGUUGGUGGUGAUACCGACCUCGAUUCGCCUGCGACGCUGGAACCUCCCCAUUCAAGAUAUCUCUCUCACGCGGGCAUGAAUGGCGAUUCGCCCAGUCCUUCGCCUCACAAAGGCACGGCAAGCCCCCGACCUCCGUUGCUCAGUUCGCGCACUGGGGCGCCCGAGACUGCUCGCCCCGUCACCUCCAUGUUCAGCAUCAAUGCCCAUCCGACAAUGCGAAUGCUUGGUGGACAUGACUCGCCGUUGAGCCGCAGCGGUCAAGCCACUCCACAAAUGCAGGCUUCAGGAAUACUCCCGUCGAAUCUCCGUCCCGAAGUGAUAAAAGGCAUCAAAGAGAUCAUUGAUGAAAUCAAUGCCGCCGACGAUGAAAUCGCCACUGCUGCACUCGACCAGAUCCACCCAGACGAAACAAUUUUCACAUAUUCGUCUUCGUUGACGGUUCAGCGCUUCCUCCUUCGAGCCGCCUCCAAGCGGAAGUUUACGGUCGUCCAUGCCGAAGCAUAUCCCAACAAUCACCUCAAAACGCACGCCUUGCUCACCGGGAAUCAAGAAGCGGUAGCAGAAGAUGAGGAUAAUCUCCCCAACGACACGUUUUCCAAGACGUUGACUUCGGCUGGCAUCACGGUCAUCCUGAUUCCGGAUUCGGCAAUCUUCGCAGUCAUGUCUCGCGCCAGCAAGGUCAUUCUAGACGCUCACGCAGUUUUGACGAAUGGAUCUCUGGUCGCGGCGGCUGGAAGCAAGGCCGUCAUCAAGGCUGCCAAAUUCCACCGCGUUCCCAUCAUCGUGCUGGCAGCAACGUACAAACUCUCCCCAGCGUACCCUUACGAUCCCUUCAAGCUGAUCGAAUAUGGCGAGGCUGGAAAGGUUGUGCCGUUUCAAGCGGGCGAGUUGCGUCAAGGACUAGAAGAAGGAGCAAGGAAUCCACUAUAUGACUUUGUCGAGGCUGGCGACGUUGAUUUGUUCGUGACCAAUGAAGUGCCUGCUGUUGUGAGCACCGGUUACCUUUACAGGGUUGUAAGGGAACAGUAUCGAGAUGAAGAUUUGGAGCUGUGA